AAAAUGAUCAAUAUCUAAAAGAAGAACCUCCCCUUAGUGGAGUUAUAGUAGUUCAUAAAAACCAUAACCAUAACAUUGAAUGUGCAGAUUCGAUGAAAUACUUACCAGUGUCAUCAGUUACAAAAAAACUUUUUUAUAACUAUUUUAACAGUGGAUUAAGUCCAGCUCAAGCAAAACGUAUACACACAGAUAACUUUAUUUAUCAUGAAAAUGGCUCCUUUCUUUUGGCAGAUGCCUCACUUAAUCCUUCAUCACGUACAAUUUAUUAUUUAUACAAUUUAUGGCAAGAAAAACAUUUUGCUCUUAAAAAUCUUUUAGAGAUGUUAAAGAAUAAAAGAAAUGUAUACUUAGAAUCAGGAGCGUUGGUGACAGUUAUUGAAGAAGAUCUGAAAUGGUCUGUACUAGUGGUCACUGAAGUGAUGCAAAGGAAUCAACUAAGAAAAUCUUCUUCCGAAAUUGUGUUUGUAGAUACUACCUCAUCUUGUGAUAUCUCACAAACAAAUGUUACAAUUGUGUCUACAUCAAGUUCCGCAGGAUGUAUCCCUAUUGCUAUUCUAUUUCAUGCUAAUAAAACUGAAGAGAAUUAUGAGCAAGCAUUCAAACUUCUUAAAUUAGAAUGCCCAAGAUGUUUUGGAGGAUCUGAGGAGCCCCAAGUUUUUAUGCUGGAUGACUCAAGUGAAGAAAAAAAUGCACUAAGUUCUGUAUGGCCAACAAGGUUAUUAUGUUAUUUUCAUGUAUUACAAGCACAAUGGCGUUGGUUGCUUAAAAAAGCUGCAAAAACUGAUCGUCAAAAACUUUACCAUUUGCUUAAAAAUGUAUUUAAGUUACAUAUAAAAAUAGAUUUAUAA